AAAAUAAUCGCCGUCGAGAAAGAAUCUGCGAAAAGCCGGCACACCACCGAAGCUUUUCAACUUUGCCUCGUCUCGACUGCGCUUGGCUUCCUCUCCCGUUCAAGGUCAAAUCGCCUCGCAUCAUCUCGUUUCGCCGCAUAAAUCGCCGCGCGAAUUUCGAGUGUGCUUCUCUCUCUGCCACAGACCUUGACGGUGGAAAAUUCAAGGUCAAUGGCAGUACGUCGCUUUACAAUAGGAACACGAGCGCGCAGCCGCGCCGUGAGAUCGAAUUUUAUGGUGGCGCCCAGACGACGCGAACGAUACGUGAUUAUGGGACGGAGCCAUGUCGAAUGAUCUUCUGUUCGCGCCUCUUGAUCAACCGGUAGCGAAUCAGUCGUACGAUGUUGUCUUCGAUUCAUCGAUCCUCUCGUCUAUCUUUGAUCAAACGUUUACCGAUUACAUAAGGAUUGAUGGCAUCGUCUUUCAAGUACAUAUAUCGAGAGGGUUUGUUUUCGUCGUGACCUUCAUCUACAAACGACCUUCCUCUUCGAUAUAUCUUCGUGAACUAUAAAAGAUAAUCGUAUCUUUUUGUUUCGAAUACUCGUACUGAAUAAAUCGAAGGCGUAGUACAACGUGAAAUAAAUAGCCCGAUAUUCGGGAGCACGUGUAACGUAACUCGACCGUGGCAUCUAAUACCGUGGCUGGUCUGCUUUAAGGUGGCGCGUUAUUUUCCACGCUUGAAUUUUUUCACCACCCGGUUCUCCUAUUAAACUCGCGCAACUGCACUUGGACGUUUGCAUUUUGCACGCGGUGCAAAGUGACGUACCCUGGCGAGUGUUGUUAUUCGCCUAUGUUUCUUCCAUUCUCAUGCAGCUUCGUGACACGGGGAUAACUCUUCCGAUGGAGUAUCAUAGCUCUUUCCUUAAGUAUCGUCGUUGGUACAACAGUCGCGUUUUGCAAAGCUUGCAGCAACAACGAUCGGUCUUCCGCGAACUUUCUAAGGGGAAAACCGGGAUUUCCUCGUUCUCCGUUCGAUCGUGUUUCUCAUUGUUCGAUCACGUGUUUUCCUUGUUUCAUCCAUUAAGAACCGCGACGCGUAUUCGAAGUAGCUUUAACGAAGCUAUGUCGAAUAAGGAAAUUCGUAAUUCAGGAAAAAUUCGUUUCUUUCUCGCAUUUGCGACGGCUUCGUCGAUAUUGGCGACACGUUUUUUCCCGCACGUGCAUGCAUAAUAUAUGACAUACGAAUCGAUUCGAAGAAAAUUGUCGUUACUUCACCCGGUGUCACGAGAUCGUUUUGAUUGAAAUAUUUUGCAUUUGUUUGUUAGAUCACGAGUUUCUUCCGUGUGCCAUCCAUCGUAUUUCUAUUCUGCAUUAAUCCCUCGCGUUUUCCUUUACGUUGUAAUUCUUUGAUACUACCAGUAAACUCAUCUACAUUAGCUUUAUUUCACUGCGAGAAAAUUGCGCGUUCUAAAUCCUAAGAAGAUUAGUACAAUUAUUCAUAUAGAGUGGUCCUCUGUACAUCUCCACUUCUUAUCGGUGAAAACAGGGCGCAACAAAUUGCAUGCCACAAGUAGAAUACGAAGGGUUAAUUUUCAACCACGUACUACACGAUUAUUUAUCAUUUAAUCAUUACACGUUCGAAAUAAAUCUGCGAUUCGAUCUACUGUUGCCAUAUUCUCACCAUAGCAUCCCUAGAAAAUAGCGAAAGAUCAACAGAAAUUGCUCGAAAGUUAAAUUCGUACGAUAAUCGAACUCCUGUUUCAUCCAGCUGUCUCUAAUCACGUAUUGACAAUCAGUAAUUGUACGGCAUAGUAAAUUACGAUCGGUGGCGCGGUGACGGUUGAUCGGGUGCUACGACCGAGAACGAGGAAACCCAGCCGCAUGUAAACUCGGGGAGACGGCGUUAUCUCGCCGAUGUCACCUCGAGCGUAUAAAAGACGGACUCUUUCGACAGGUGGCUUCAGUAAUUCAUACUCGUGCGAGGCCGACCGAUCCCGCCAGAUUUAGUUCUCGUUCCACGUCGCGUGUGAACCUUCCCCACGAACACACGGUUGUUUGGUGCUGUGCGUGUCGAAGGUCAUAGACAACGUCGUUCUGCACUCUUCAUCCCCUUGGCUCCCGACGCUUCCACCCAACUUUUGGAUACAUCUUCGAUCGAUCUUCGUUGGAUCACGCGGUUCGUGCACGGCCGUGGGAUACGCGUGCAUUGACAAGCCGCAUAGUGAAGCCUAGUGAAGUUGCGAGGGACACUUAUGAAGGGGUCCGUCAACGCACCGAGGCCUAUCGUUGAUCAGAACAGAUAUAUUUGGGAUAACGAUUGGAAACAGUAGCUUGGUACAAGAGUUGUUAAUUAAGAAUGCGCGAUGACACGGCGAAUUUGUCAGUGGACAGCAAAUCCGCGCGAGAAGGCGCAGGGUAUGGAAAUGGAACCCCAAAAAACAAACUCUCACCGCCAGGAAAAAAUAUUCUUGAAGUACACGCUCCAAGAUGCGAAGAAGGAUAAAGAGGAAACUCAGUAUAUGCUACAGGAGAAUGGCGAUCCAAUUGAAUUCGUGCCACCUCAAACGAAGGAGGAGGAGAAGCCGGUUGCGUCGGAACAAUCCUUGCCACCAGUGCCUUAUUUCAAACUCUUUCGAUUUGCAACAUGCGGGGAGUUGAUGCUGAUUCUUGGUGGCCUGAUCAUGGGAACUUUGACAGGCCUGUGCAUCCCUAUUUCGACGAUUCAGUAUGGUGAAUUCACCACAUUGCUGGUGGAUCGUAAUACGGAGAAUCAAUCCAGUACACCGACGCUUAUAUUGAAGUGGUUCGGAGGAGGAAAGGUCUUGGGACCCAAUGAAACAUACGAAGCGAGGAUGAGCGCUCUGUACGACGACUCGGUUGCGUUUGGUGUAUCCUCCGCGGCGCUAUCCACCUUCCAAUUUUUCUUUGCCGUGUUCACGGUCGAUUUAUUAAAUGUCGCUGCUUCUAGACAAAUCGCUCGAGUACGUAAGAUGUUCCUUCGCGCUGUUCUUAGACAGGAUAUGACGUGGUACGAUACCAACACGUCGACCAACUUCGCCAGUAGAAUUACCGAAGACUUGGACAAGAUGAAGGAAGGCAUAGGAGAAAAACUGGGCGUGUUCACGUACCUCACGGUCUCCUUUAUCUCCUCCAUCAUCAUAUCGUUCGUAUACGGCUGGAAAUUAACGCUGGUGGUACUAAGUUGCGCACCAAUCAUCGUCAUAGCCACUGCCGUAGUAGCGAAAGUUCAGAGCUCCUUAACAGCUCAGGAGUUGAACGCUUAUGGGCAAGCCGGUAGAGUGGCCGAGGAAGUAUUAGGCGCCAUCAGGACCGUGAUCGCCUUCAAUGGAGAGGAAAAGGAAGUGGAGAGAUACGCUGAGAAACUAGUACCAGCCGAGAGAACCGGAAUAAGACGUGGAAUGUGGUCCGGAGUUGGUGGUGGCGUGAUGUGGUUCAUCAUAUACAUCAGCUACGCAAUAGCGUUUUGGUACGGAGUUCAGCUGAUCCUGGAGGACAGGCCAAAGGAUGUGAAGGAGUAUACACCAGCAGUGUUGGUGAUCGUGUUCUUCGGUGUGCUAGCUGGCGCUCAGAACAUGGGUCUGACAUCGCCGCAUCUCGAAGCGUUCGCGGUGGCGCGUGGUUCAGCCGCGGCGAUUUUCCAAGUGCUUGAUCGCGUGCCAACGAUCGAUAGCUUGAGCAAGGAUGGUCAGAAGCUUCCAUCCGUCAAUGGUGAGAUCGAGUUCAAGAACGUACACUUCCAGUAUCCCGCUAGAAAGGACGUGAAGGUGUUGCAAGGUUUGAAUCUGAAGAUCAAUCGGGGCGAGACCGUGGCACUCGUCGGCGGGUCCGGCUGUGGCAAGUCUACUUGUCUCCAGCUCAUCCAACGUCUCUACGAUCCUCAUAAGGGACAGGUUUUACUGGACGGUGUGGACGUGGCGAAGUUGAACGUUCAAUGGCUCCGUUCGCACAUAGGCGUGGUCGGCCAGGAACCGGUGCUCUUUGACACAACGAUACGGGAGAAUAUCCGGUACGGAAAUGACAGCAUUACCGAGGAGCAGAUGAUCAAAGCCGCGAAGGAAGCGAACGCUCACGACUUCAUCAGCAAACUGCCCGAGGCCUACGAUAGUCCCGUGGGAGAGAGAGGAUCGCAAAUGUCCGGUGGACAGAAACAAAGGAUCGCGAUUGCUCGAGCUCUGGUUAGACGACCGGCUAUACUUUUAUUGGAUGAAGCUACGUCUGCUCUGGACGUUCAUAGCGAAAACACUGUGCAAAGAGCUUUGGACGCGGCGUCAAAGGGUAGAACAACGAUCGUCGUCACUCACAGGCUGUCGACAAUAACAAAUGCUGAUAGGAUAGUGUUUAUAAAGGAGGGUCAGGUGGUUGAACAGGGUACGCACGAGGAACUGCUCGCCUUGAAAAAUCAUUAUUACGGAUUGGUCUCUGCUGACGCCAGUGCCACUGCUAGAGCGAAAGCGACGGCAUCAGCCGCAAAGACGGUCACCGCAGCCAUACCGAAGCAGAAACCACCGUUGAAGAGGCAAUUCUCCACUCUGUCGAUGCACUCUCAUCGGUUGUCGUUAGCCGGCGCAUCUGAGUGCUCGGAGAAUCAACUGGAGGAACACGAGAAGCCGUACGACGCGCCAAUGAUGAGGAUAUUCGGGCUCAAUAAACCGGAAUGGCCUUACAAUUUGAUCGGGUGUUUAGCAGCAGGCAUGGUGGGCGCCUCGUUCCCAGCAUUCGCUGUUCUCUUCGGUGAAGUGUACUCUGUAUUGGGUCUUCAGGAUGACGAAGAAGUACGCCACGAGAGUGUCAAGUUCUCGAUUCUCUUCCUAGUGGUCGGAGUUGUUACGGGCCUUGGUACCUUCCUACAAAUGUAUAUGUUCGGAUUGGCCGGUGUGCGUAUGACCGCGAGGAUCAGAAAAAUGGCGUUCACCGCGAUGUUGCGACAGGAAAUGGGCUGGUACGACGAGGAUACGAAUAGCGUGGGUGCCCUUUGCGCCAGAUUAUCCACAGACGCCGGUGCUGUUCAGGGUGCAACGGGGACACGUGUCGGUGCGAUUCUUCAGGCUCUGUCGACCUUAGUCCUUGGAAUCGGAUUAUCCAUGUAUUAUACCUGGAAGAUGACGUUAGUAUCCGUCGUCUCGAUACCUUUGGUGCUGGGUGCAGUCUUCUUCGAGGCGAGAGUGAUGAGCGGCCAAGGUCUGCAAGAAAAGAAGAAGAUGGAGGCCGCGACGAGAAUCGCCAUAGAGGCAAUCUCGAACAUUCGAACUGUAGCCAGUCUUGGGAAAGAGGAAGCCUUCUUGCAGCGUUAUUGUGUGGAACUGGAUCUCGUGGCUAAAGCGACAAGAAUUAGAAAUAGACUGAGGGGAUUGGUAUUCUCGUGCGGUCAGACCAUACCAUUCUUCGGUUAUGCCUUGAGUCUCUAUUAUGGUGGUGCUUUGGUGGCUACCGAAGGUUUGAGGUACGAGAACGUGAUCAAAGUGUCGGAAGCGUUGAUCUUUGGAUCCUGGAUGUUGGGACAAGCCCUUGCCUUCGCUCCCAAUUUUAAUACCGCGAAAAUUUCGGCCGGAAGGAUAUUCAAGCUUCUAGACAGAGUUCCGGAGAUCACCUCGCCACCGGGUUCGGAAGACAAAGAUCUGGAUUGGAAAGCGGACGGCUUGAUUCAAUUUUCGAAAGUCGAGUUCCAUUAUCCGACAAGGCCUGAGAUGCAAAUUUUACAAGGCUUGAAUCUAAUCGUGAAACCGGGCCAGAUGGUCGCCCUGGUAGGCCAAAGUGGUUGUGGCAAAUCCACCUGCAUCCAAUUGUUGCAACGAUUGUACGAUCCGAUUUCUGGUACCGUGACAAUGGACAGGCGUGACAUCUCGUCGGUUUCGUUGCGCAAUCUGAGAUCUCAGCUUGGUGUGGUCGGUCAAGAACCAGUACUUUUCGAUAAAACGAUCGCACAGAAUAUUGCUUAUGGGGACAACUCCCGAACUGUAACGAUGGAGGAAAUCAUAGAAGCCGCUAAGAAGUCCAACAUACAUAGCUUUGUCAGCUCUCUACCACUAGGAUACGACACUAGGUUAGGUUCUAAGGGAACACAGCUCUCCGGAGGACAGAAGCAACGUAUCGCGAUCGCGCGUGCCUUGGUCAGGAAUCCUCGAAUUCUACUUCUGGACGAGGCUACAUCUGCUCUCGACACACAGAGCGAGAAGGUCGUGCAAGCGGCAUUGGACAAGGCCAUGGAGGGCAGGACGUGCAUCACCAUAGCGCAUCGUUUGGCAACUAUAAGAAACGCCGAUGUGAUCUGCGUGUUAGAGAAAGGAACUGUCGCGGAGAUGGGUACUCACGACGAUUUACUUUCAGCGGAUGGCCUGUACUCUCAUCUGCAUACUCUUCAAGAAAGCGCGAUAGAGUAGAGACGAAGGUGAAGUCGCGUCUCAUCGACGCUCCUUGCUUCGGAGGCGAAACAGCCCAACGACGAAGCAGACAGUAGUUUCAGUCGAGGCGUGUGAGGCCUGUAGGUCAGAAGCUAGCAGUAAGAAAUGGAGGAACUCCAGCAAGGCAACAAGAAUAGCAAAGAUUUUAUUGACUCGCCGGACGAAAGUCCACGGACACGCGUAUCGGAGCUUUCGUAAAUUUUCACAUCGGCAAACGCUUCUUUUAUCUUCUCAGCUGGCCCUUAACUUUGUCAUAGACUUUCAACGAUAGUUUUCUUACAAUUUUAUUUAUACGUAUUUUCAAUUUCUUCGUGUGCCUUGAUAUUGCUAAGAAUCAAUUUUACAUGGCAAAUAAAAGGAACUCGAAGGAAGAGGAUGUUCGUAGCUAACUCUGAAUAUCAUUAGCUGUCUCGUCGAUAUUUUGUUCGUGCAUUAGACGUCGAAACACUCGCGUUUUCACGGUGCUUGCUCUUCUACAUGCCGGUUCUCGCGCCCAACCUAAAAGAGAACGAGCCACGGAUCCAAGAAACGCGAAACUUCGAUACAGGGAACAGAUCUUCGCGUCGCAGCAGCGAAUAAUCGUAGCGCAAACGCGUCGGAUGGAUUACCAGCGAUCUUUCGAUUCGCGCGUUACGCAACAACGAUCACCAUGGCGCGAACGAUAAAACGCGUCGCUGUCGAUAACACGUAAUCGACAUUACGCCUGUAUUUUCCAAAACGAUAUUCCUGUUCCUUCGUCUUCGUUCUUUUUACAUAGCCUUUACGACGCGAAGCUCGCGAGAUCGCAGUAACGCAAUAGUCCUCGAUCCAUUCGAACGGAGAAGAUUCCGUAGAAUGGCACGUAGUCGCGAUCAGAUUCGAUGCAUGGCCUCGAACGAUCCCCUGAACGAUUCGUUGUUGGCCAGGAAUACCAAACUAGCCAUCCGAAAGAAACCGUGAAGGCGUUUGUUGAAUUCCUAUAUAGGAUAGCAGUAUAAAUACGAUAGAAAUGGAAGAAACGCGCGAGUCAGACGCGUGCAUUGAAUUAAGGAGAAAGUGGGAUAGAGAGGAAGAUAUUCGCAUCGACUUAUGGGGUUGAUCAACAUCGACAGAGACGAGCAAGAGGCGACAGGUGUUUCGAAAAACGGCACAUCGCGCACGACUCGACGAUGUCCUCCUCCACUUCGAUAAUCUUCGGGCUACGUCCAAACGUAUGAAAAAUGUAUGAACGUAUCGUCGCGAUACAUCCCGCUCUUUUCUCUGCCUUGCUCGCAAAACACGAAUUCAUCCACGGGACAACGUGUCAAUUGCGUCAAUCGGGCGAACGUUACUAGAAAUCGUUGAAUUUUCGUGCCUUAACAGCAACCGUGUUCCGUGUUCAACUAAAAAAAAAGAAAAAAAGUAAAAAAAAACGCGAUAGUAAGAAAUAGAGAACGCGAUGGGAAGAGGAGGAAACAGAGAACUGGGAGGGCUUAGGUUGAAUUUAAAUCAGGAAUAAGAAGACGAACAAAGUCGUGACAGACGGAUAGCUAGUUGAGUUUUGAAAUGGCUCGGAUCGAUUCACCGAUUCGUAAGGAAUCAAAAGGAUGUACUACGUGAAAUCUUUGUAAAGUUGGAUGGUUUUAGCGGAGGAGGAGCGUAUCGUUCGCGUGGAGAGGCGUUCCCGGAUGUCGGCAAGUCGUCCAUCCGGUGCGGUGGUUGGAUUUCCGUGGUCGAACUUCGCGACAGAUACUUUCCUUGAACUUGUGCCUUCAUACUUGGUAUACUUAGCGAUAAGAUUCCAUCGGCUGCCCUCGAGGCUUACCACCUGAAUGGUCACGUUUAACACGCGGCGCGACGAUAACAAUUUUUCGUAGAACUUGACAGUAUCAACUUUUUCCACCUGUCUAAAAUGUUAAUAAUAAUCAUUGUCAAAUCUUAUCUCUCUAUUACGAAGUAAAGUAUCUUCCAACUUCAGCUAAAUAUUAAUAUCUAGGAGUAAGACUUGAAACGCGUUCUCGCGCCUGCGUGAUCGUACGAGGAUUUUCAGCGACGUUGUCCACGCAGAGUACUUAAUUUAUCUCGAAAGAAGCGAUCGAAAGAAGGCCUACGAUCAAAAUUUACACCCGAUGAUCGAAGUAACAGUGCUUUAUUAACAUAGUGACAAUACAGCGUAGUAGAUGUAGAACGUGUUCGAGCCAGGAACAAGCGUUUCGCGAUCGAAACGCCAUUCUGAUGUUUGCGAAUCAAGCAUACAACGAUCACCGGGAUCCGUGUACGAUCGGAAGAACCCGACGAUGUUGUGCUUCACUCGUGUACUUACCCUGUAUGUUAAGCGGAUCGAAAGGGAGAACGAACAAGUACAAUCAGAUCAGCGCAUUGAAUGACGUAUGAUGAUCAUUUCACAUCGUUUCGACGGACAUUUCGUUUAAUGAAAUUCACGGUUCUAGAUGUCCUUUCUCGUUUGAAUCGCGAUCAUGGUGCUCGAUUCGUUGAACAAAUCAUCUCAGACUUAUUGUACCAAUCAAAAUUCAGCUUACGGUUUAUUAUGUACUUUUCAAAGAGAAUAUACUAUUAUAUUAUACAGAUAUAUAUAUUACGUAAGAAUUCGAUCGAGCACUAGACGGCAGAAUGAAUAUGAAAGUGAGUGAGUGAGUGAGUGUGUGUGAGAGAGAGAGAGAGAGAGAAAUAGAUAGAUAGAGAGAGAAAGAGGGAUAACCUUUAGUCUGUAAAAGAUAUCGAAAAAUCGUUGCUUAAGAUUAAGGCUGCGGCCAGCGUAACUUAAGGGCAGAGAUCUUAAAACAAAAAUAUCUACGUGAACGAGCGACGAUCGCUUGGUUCAACACGCGUGUGUUUUGAAACGGCGAAAGAAAGCAGCAGCGUGUGUUUCAUUUUAUUUUCUCUCUUUCGUUUUUUGUUCUUCGUCUCCUUUCCUUUUUUUUCUUUUUGUUUAUAUAUCGAAAGCGUGUCGAGUUGUAAUUAUACAAGCGAUUUUCCAGACAGUAUGACGACAAAGAGGAAGUAUUAAUGUUUUUCGUCUUUUUUUUUUCUUGUUAUAAGAAGAAACGAAGCAGAUCGUACUGCUGUCAUAUACAAAAUAAAUGGAACCAUAGUGAAAAAAAAGUA